GACACCAGCGAACUGAAGCGGUCACUUCCAAACUUGUGUAGAAUUUUUCGUUAGUUUUUCUUUAUUUUCGCUGUCAUAAUGCCACGUAAAGCUCUCACUUGCACUGUAGAGUUAGAUGUAUACCAGGUGAGAGAUCGAACAAUGGAUUGUUCAUUCAACACACGGAAUGUUCCGGGUUCAUUCACGUGCUCCUUGCAAAAUGAAAUUUACUUAGUUCAUUGUGUCUUUUAUUCUCAAGUUCAUAUUGUCUUUUUUCUUCAGAUUACCUGUCCAGGAACACGACACUUGAACGACAGAAAUAUGCUUUACCUGUCGGUGUGCAUUUUAGGGCAGACCAAGCGAACUAAAUCAGUGUUCGCAAGUUUUCCUCUUGCACUGAACGAGAGAAUGUACUUCGAGAGGGUGAGUGUUCAUGUUGAAAGAUCUGAUGACAAGCUUCGACCCAGAUGUUGUUGUCGCUGAGAAUAAAUAAUUAAUUAGCGUGGUGAAGAGAUUGAUUAUUCGAGCUACAUAUCUUGCUUUGAAGAUGACUGACAAGGUUUUUUUCUCCUGUUUUGCAGACUUUUGUGAAUGCACGAGAACCUACACAUGUCAUGGGAAUAUUAGAAGGCAAGAUACCUACAGCUUAAUUUCUUAGCUCUCUAUGUACAAGAAGAAAAAUAUUUUUCCAAAAUAUGAACUAUAUGUUUUUCCUUUUUUGGUAAAUUAUAGAUGAGCAUGUGUUGUUUGAACUGGUACAAUACUCUGAUGUCUAUAGAGGUAAGUCAAAUAUUCUUGGUAAAGCUUGCACAACCCCAUUUAUUACUUGGGUACGUGCAGUGAACGUGUAGAUGUGGAUAGUAAACUUGUUUGACUUUGAGGCUCUAAUCAUACAAUACCAGAUAGUUUUUCAGAGCUGUCAACCCCCCACACGUCUUCAAAUAUUGAGAAUUAAUAGAGAGGGGAUGAUAGAUGACGUCGUAUCACACGGCACAUGACAUCAUUUGAGCAAAAAAUGCUUGUUGACUCUGAUCGAUGUAUAUAAGCCCCAUAAAACAGUUCAUAUUAAGCCACAUUGUUGCUUAAAUUACAGUGGCAUGCCAGAGUUUAUGAGGAACGUCCCACGUUAACAGUAAAAUUACACUUCAAACAAUGCAAAAAAUUAAAAUUUUAGGGUCAGAAAGAAGAGUCUACAAAAAAUGGCAAACUUUGGCCAUUACACAGGAGAUUUUUGACUCUAACCUGGAGACCAGGAGAUACGGUCCAGUAUCUGGAGUCUCCCGGAUUAUCUGGGAGAGUUGACACCACUGGCUUUUCGUACCGACAUGAAAACUAUCUGCUAUAGUAUGAACACCUAUCCAAUAUGUGACUCUCCACUUUCAAAAUCAGCCCAGCGCAGGUUCGCUCCGUUACAGAAAUCAUGCCAAAAUCACUGUUCUCAUGUGUGAACGGAUGCCUUAUCCAGUAUGGUUUUCAUGCCAGUGCAAAAGCUAUACCCUAUAGUGUUAGCCUGAGAAACGAGUGCAGAAAUUCCAUACUGAUGACGCGUCAGUACCCAGAUCUGGGUAGUGCUUUUGAUUGGUCGUGCUACUCAGGAAAUUUGAUUCAACCAAUCUGAAGCACAACCCAGAUCUGGGAAGUGACGUGUCAUCAGUAUGGAAUUUCUGCGCUGGUUUCUGAGAUGUCAUUUGGCAGGAAUCCAGUGGUAGCAUCGCCAAAUGUUGGCUGUUUUCUCAGGUUACUAUAGUGGGUACAUAGCCUGAGAUGGAAAGUCUACACGUGUCUGUGCUGUGCUGAAAUUUUUACAGCACUAUAACAUCACACCCAGUAACAUUGUGUCUGGAUCUUAUUGGGUUAAACAGCCUGAUGUAAAACAGUCAGACUUCAGUUGUUAUUGGAUAUCUUAUCAUUAUCAGUCCUUAUUUAGCAUAUGUGUCACAAACAGUGUGGCCCUGUUAGAGUUAAAUUACUACAAACAACAUGACCUUGAAAUAGUGACAUAAAACUUGAUGAAAUGGCAACAAAUGACGUAAAGAUGGGUUAAAUACUGAUAGAGCCAUGUCCUUGCCCAAAAUGCCAAAACAACCAUAUUUGAAAUUCAGACUAGGACAUACAUCCCCCUCAUAAGAGGGCCUCUAGAGUGGGCUCAUCACCAAAGAUCUUCCUACAGCUCUACUAGUAGACUUGGUCUACACAUGAACAGUUCAUGUGCUUGAGAAUUUUCCCUUUGUCCUUUUUGAAUUAAUGAAUGUAUCUUAGCAUGAAUACGACCAGUCAUGCCAUGCCAGGAGAGAAUGCUCCCUAGUUUUAGAUCACUUCACCACUAUACCAGAUGGUGAUCCAUUCCCCAGUUUUCCUGUGAAAACAAAGAAGUCUGUACUUUAAUGCACCGAAAAUUUUUAAUGGGGAUUCAGUCAGUGCUUACCAUAAUUUACAAAAACCAGGUGGGUGGAAAUCUUGUGCAUAAACAUAAAAAAAUUAAAAUUUGACGUGAAGGGAGAACUGACACUGCAAAGCAUAUCCAAAUCAGCUGAGCAGAUUUUCCAAUCAGAAUUUCCGAUGUAAGUGAUAAGUGCUUGGUGUAUUACUGGCAAUUAGACACUUACAUUCUACAAUAUUUUACAUGUUGUUCUUUUGAUUUUCUUCUGAAAGGAGGAAAAGUGCUGGCUCGUUAUGAAAUAUCAGCUAGAGAAUUUCUCUACCCAACACCCACUCUCACUGGUAAAGAUGGUGUUGAAAGGGAACUACUGUUAAGCAGAACAGUGCAUUUUACUGUAAGUUGAAAGUUAUCACAGUUGUGUUAUUAUUUCAGCAGAUUAAAAACAGGAGACAUGAUGGUUUUCCCACACAUAUAAUUCUUAUAUAAUUAUUAGUUAAAAGCUACUAUGUGCCAAUAAGAAGGCUGGCUAAUUUUUAAGAUGUUUGGUCCUUAGUAAGGUUUAUAAGGUCUAGUAGGGAAAAAGUUAUUGUGUUAAAAACACGAUUGGCAGCUAGAAGAAUUUUAUAGUUUAUUGGGUGAGGAUAUUGAGAUAUUGAAACCUCAGUAGUAACAAUGCAAUUUCACAACUUUAUUAGGAGUUGGUUUUUGAGAAUUCGAUGACUCACUGAACUGUAGCACUAAACCCUAAAGUUAGUGUAGAGUGCAGUACUGAAAACUUUUUUCCCCUGUGCUAAUAAUUCUGUGAUGUUGUAGGGAAUUGAUCCAAAGUUGGAAUUUUCCUCCAAUUCUACAAUACAUGAAACAACAGUUCCUGGAACUUAUGCUGAGCUCACUAGUGUUGGGAAUGGUGAUGAAAGUGCAUCUGACUCUGAGGUGAGAAAAGUAGAUUUUAAUUACCUUAGUUUACAGUCUAAUUAAAUAUCCCCAUGCAAAUUCCCCAUGCUGAUUUCUGUACAUUUCCUUGAAGAAUGAGUUGAGAGAAUUUGAUUAAAUAUCAAAGCAUUCUGAGAUCUGCUUGCAUGUAAUCGUAUUAUUAUGCUUGACGGCAGUGAAAAACAUUUUUGUGAAGGCAGCUUUGAACUUUAGAGUUUGCGUGUUUGUUAAAAAGGGCAGUAAAGGGAUAAAUGUACUGGACCAUACUCCAGUUAUUCAAAAAUUGGAUAGCAAUAUCUGUCAGAUAAAUCACCACGUGCCAGGCAAAAGUGUAUAGAGUGAUUUAUCCAGUGGCUGACUUAAAUGACAAUAAAUUUUUAUCAGCCUGAUAAAAGAAAUAAUUUUUCACUUAACAAAAAGUCAUGAUUUUUAAUAGCCAGGCCAAUAAUUAGAACAAGGAAUAAUGUCUUUUCAUAUGUGGAUUGUCCAUGGUGUUUGUUUCAUUUGAGCAUAGAAAAUCUCCAACGUGCGUCCAUAACUCAACAGUGCACGCUGUGCUGUUUGCCUUUUUUUGAGUUAACUAACGGUUUCUAAUUUUUGGCAGUCUGAAGGCACUUCUGAGACUGAGGAAGAACUUAUACUGAAUCCAACCCCAAGACACCUCAGCCAUAGUCUGUAUGCAAGGGAACAUCACUGUGUGUGUGAGUGUCCACGGCGCCCAGAAAACAAUGGGAGAGUGACUUUAAGGUCGAGGUCUCUGUCCCCUUCACGUCGACCAAAGUCAGCCAUGCCUUCAGUUCGACCCCCAUUCAAAGCUGGCAAGGCAGAUGAGAGGAUCAUUUCUCGACGAGACUUUUUGAAGCCUGGAAGAUCGAGGCAAAGAAGUAGAACUGCUUAUGUUGAGGGAAAUCCUGGUAAGGAAUUGUUAUAAUCUCAGAAAACUUGCUAAAUUCUUUGACGAGUAACUAUAACUCAAUAAACCUUGAUCUGAUUGUCAAAUCAUUGUUUCAGAACUAUAUUAUCUGGCAGGCUAAGCUACCUCUCUGUGAACCUUUCCUUUUUUUUUGUUUUUGUUGUUGAUUUGCAAUUCACAAGAAAAAGGCAGGAAAAUAUAAUUAUCAAGUCAAUUUUUUUGGGCAGGUUUUCUUAGUAAGCAUAGCCCUUCACUUAAAUUCAAAUUAUUGUCUCAUAUGUAAUUUGAGUAACUAUUAAAACUAGGUUUUAAUUUUCUGCUUAGUAGCUCCCUGUCCUGACUGCCGUGUACCACACAAGGAUUGUGUUGUCUGCCAAGCAUACUUAAAAGUCUAUGGAAGAGACUUUCUAAAGCAUCGUUUUGGUCAUGAGCUGCACAGAAGGACAUCUUCAACUCCUGCGUACACUAGUUUUGCUUCUGAACCUCCAAGAGUCCAAGCCCGUUUACCUGAAAAUGACAUCUUGAAUGAAUCAAGGGCUUAUAGUGAACCUAUUCCAAGAAGUAGGAGAAUAUUUCCAAGAGAAAAUGGUUAUGGCUCAUUUCUAUCCUCACCAAGUCGCGGAAGCUUAACGACAAGAUACGCUUCUCCAGUUCCUGUAAGUAUGAUUCUUUUUUCUCCAACAGGCCAUUUUACAGUUAUGGAUGGAAGCGAGGGUGAGGGUGACCUUGUUUUGAUACAAACCUUCUUUGCUUUGUUUUGGAAAUUGUUCUUGAAAAAUACUAGUAAGCAUAAGAGUAACUUGAUUUGCAUAAUAAAGCAGGAAAGUUUGUAUCAAAACAAGGUCACCCUCAGCCUUGCUUCCAUCGAUAACUGUAAAAUGGCCUAUUUAGGAGAUAAUAUGGAUAAUUUGGAUAAGCCUUAGUUUCUUUGCACCCUGAUGGCCCAAGCUUAUUUCUGUUCUGUUUAUAUUUUCGUAGUCUUAUCGCUCAAGACAACUACCUGAGAUGUCUGAUUCAGAAGAAGAUGACACAGAUAGUAUGUUGUCCUUGCAGGAAUUAAGGUCAGUUUGCUUAUAACUUAUGGAGUGUUUUCAAAUGACGUCACGGCGGCCAUAUUGGUGUUCCAAAACAUUAAAACGGCGUUAAUGUUGGUGUCCCGAACCAGUCCUGUGGGAGUUGAACUCUUUUCUCAUGCAAACGCUUUCUUUUGUUCCAAUAAAUUUGCAUAGAUGCUGGCCACGUGAGUGAAAACACCCUAUAGACGUGGCCCAGUUAUUCGAGAUGUGAAUAACGCUAUUCACUGGAUAAAUCUCUUUUGGUGGAUAAUGCUGUUGGUUUCCCUAUUACUUAUUUACUGGAGAGGGAUUUAUCCAAUGGAUAGUGCUUUCCAAUAUGUAUUUAAACAACUGGGGCCAGUGGACAGAAAGUAAAGAUGGAGGUACAAUGUACUUUUCAAAAUCAAGACUUGCAUGUAUCAAAAAUUUAAUACACAAAACCAAACACAGAUGUUGCUCAAUAGUAGCUUUCAUUUGAAAAGUCUCGCUUAAGAAUUAAAUUCUAACUCAGAAGAUCAAAACCUCUUUUACUGCUUUAUAAACAGUACCACAGGAAAGUACUGCUCAGUAGCUUUCAUUUGAAUGGUCACACUUUAGGAUUUAGUCCAUCUACUCAAAAGUUAGAACCACCUUGUAGAGCGUAAUUAAUAGCACCACAGGAAGGUACUGCUCGCUAGGUUUCACCAGGGUAUGGAAGCGGGCAUUUCCGGGAUUCGGGAUUUGACCAAAAUACAUUGCGGGAUUCGGGAAAAUGUUGACGGGAAGCGGGAUUUGACUGCUACCCGGGAAGCGGAAUUCGCCGAAAUUUUGAACACGGAUGCGGAUUGGGAAAGAAAAUUAUAUUCGGAAUAGCGAUAAAACCAGUCAAGUUGCGAGAUUAUCGUAAAAAGGAGCGGGAAAGCCGGAUCAGGACCCCUCCAUUCCAGACCCUAUUUGAGCUAUUUGUAUCUGAUUUCAGAUCUGAGAUAAAUGAUGCUCGACUUGAAUCACUUGAUAGAUCAUUUGAGGAUCCCCAGCACCCGACACUAGGCACUAGACUAGAUAGAAGGUAACCUGAUAACUUAAAUAAUAGCUGGUUAGAAAGAAUUAGCGGGCGGAUUUAUGCUAGCCAGAAACGCAGAUUUAAAUAAUAACGAUUUUUAUCCUUAACCAUUCUCGAAACUGCUUACCACUGGUUUCCCCGCGAAAUGACGUCUGAGAAAUGAGUACAGAAAUUCCAUAUUGAUGACGUGUCUGACGUGUCACUACCCAGAUCUGGGUAGUGACACGUCAGACACGUCAUCAAUAUGGAAUUUCUGUACUCAUUUCUCAGACGUCAUUUCGCGGGGAAACCAGUGGUGACUUCGCGAAAUGUCGGUUAUUUUCACAGGCUAUUUGCACGUAAGUGUUAACUAUUUUACACAGAUUUGUGCUAACAUAGUCACACAAAUAGAACGGUUAAAAUUAGACUUGGGAACGCUGUUACUAGAAAGAAACCCAAGAAAAUGCCACAUUUAACUGCUUUUCUUUUAAGAAUUUGAUAGUCUAUUGAUUGAGCUUCCAUAAAUAGCUGCGUUAAACAUCAAGACGUUUGUAGGCAGAACCUAAAAGCGUUAGCCGUCAGUUGCAAUUACAUCUCUGUGUGUCCAAUUUUCAGUUUGAGAGGUUAUUGACAAGCAAGUUUUAUGGACACAUCGUUCUGCGGCGUUAAGGUGAAAUGUCUUCAUACUUUCUUGUGUUGGUUUUGGGAAACACAAUUAAACACUUCCCUGCUUAAAAACUAAGUUCACCCUUGCCAAUCUCUCUCGUAAUUUUAAGGAAAAACAAUUUUAUUAAGUUAUGAAAUGUUUCUUUUUUUAGUGUAACUGUGCCGCUCUCUCAAGACAAGUUCUGGUCUAGUCGCAUGGCUGAAUUUACAGGGAGGUCACAUCGAGCGUUGUUCGACGAAUCCUUACAAGAAUUAUAUACAGAUCUCUACAACAAAGCUAGAGAUUUAUAACAGUGUUUUAAUAUUUAAAGAGUUUGAACUCAUUUGAUCCAAGCAGAAUUAUAGCAGAUUUUUCCUUUUAUUAUUACUUAUUAGUACAAAACAUGAAGAGGACAAACAUACAAGUCUUAGCAAGCUGUCUGAAGAUCUUGAAAGAGUAGGAUAUAUUGUCUACGUUUUUUAAAACGUUAUUAGUAAACAUCUCCUGAGCCUAGUUCUAUAAUACUCAAUAGUUUUGUACUUUUAGAGAGGCAUAUUGAAUAAAUUAAUACUGUC